AUGGAACCAGAAAAUGAUACACAAAUUUCGGAAUUCCUUCUUCUAGGAUUUUCAGAGCAAGCAGAAAUACAGCUUCUUAUUUUUUGGCUGUUCCUCUCCAUAUACCUGGUCACUGUGCUGGGGAACCUGCUCAUCAUCCUGGCCAUCAUCUCAGACUCCCACCUGCACACACCCAUGUACUUCUUCCUCACCAACCUGUCCUUUGUGGACAUCUGCUUCACCUCCACCACAAUCCCCAAGAUGCUGGUGAACAUCCAGACACAGAGCAAGGCCAUUACCUAUGCAGGCUGCAUCACCCAAAUGUACUUCUUAUUGCUUUUUUCAGGAUUGGACAUCUUUCUGCUGACUGUGAUGGCUUAUGACAGAUAUGUGGCCAUCUGUCACCCCCUGCACUACAUGAUCGUCAUGAACCACCGCCUCUGCAGACUGUUGGUUCUGGCAUGCUGGAUCAUGAGUUUCCUGAAUUCCUUGUUGCAUAGCUUCAUGGUAUUGAGACUGUCCUUCUGCACAGACUUGGAAAUCCCCCACUUUUUCUGUGAACUUAACCAGGUGGUCCACCAUGCCUGUUCUGACACCUUUCUUAAUGACAUGGUGAUAUAUAUCACAGCUGUGUUUCUGGCUGUUGGCCCCCUCACCGGCAUCCUUUACUCUUACUCUAAGAUAGUGUCCUCCAUCCAUGCAAUCUCAUCAGCUCAGGGGAAGUACAAAGCCUUCUCCACCUGUGCAUCUCACCUCUCUGUGGUCUCCUUAUUUUAUUGCACGCUGCUGGGAGUAUAUCUUAGUUCUUCUGUGACCCAAAACUCACACUCCACUGCAACAGCCUCUUUGAUGUACACUGUGGUCACCCCCAUGCUGAACCCCUUCAUCUACAGUCUGAGGAAUAAGGACAUUAAGAGUUCUCUGAGAAGGCUUCUUGGGAGGACAUCUGGAAGAGAACCAAUUCAUCCACCUCAGUAG